AACUUGAAGAGGUGGAGAUUGUUUCCUAGAUUGCAACGAGAGAUGAAAGGAUGGAACCUGGCAUCUUCUGAAGGCAUUCGACCUCCGAUCAUGAAUGGACCUAUGCACCCGCGUCCCCUGGUAGCACUGCUUGAUGGCCGGGAUUGUACUGUGGAAAUGCCAAUCCUAAAGGACGUAGCCACGGUGGCGUUUUGUGAUGCGCAGUCUACACAAGAAAUUCAUGAAAAGGUACUGAAUGAAGCUGUGGGUGCCCUGAUGUAUCACACCAUCACUUUAACUCGUGAGGACUUGGAGAAAUUUAAAGCACUUCGAAUAAUCGUUCGAAUUGGAAGUGGUUUUGAUAACAUUGAUAUUAAGUCUGCUGGUGACUUAGGGAUUGCGGUCUGCAACGUCCCAGCUGCAUCAGUAGAAGAGACCGCAGACUCGACCAUGUGCCACAUCUUGAAUCUGUACAGACGAACCACCUGGCUCCACCAGGCUUUGCGAGAAGGCACACGAGUGCAGAGCGUGGAACAGAUCCGAGAAGUUGCAUCUGGAGCUGCCAGAAUCAGAGGAGAGACUCUGGGCAUUAUUGGGUUAGGACGAGUUGGUCAAGCCGUCGCACUGCGUGCCAAGGCCUUUGGCUUCAAUGUCAUUUUCUAUGACCCGUAUCUCUCAGAUGGCAUUGAACGGGCUCUUGGGCUUCAACGGGUGAGCACUCUGCAGGAUCUGUUAUUUCAUAGCGACUGCGUCACCCUGCACUGCAGCCUCAACGAACACAAUCAUCACCUGAUUAACGACUUCACCAUUAAACAGAUGCGACAAGGGGCCUUCCUUGUGAACACAGCUCGCGGAGGACUGGUUGAUGAAAAGGCACUAGCACAGGCGCUGAAGGAAGGCAGGAUACGAGGAGCAGCCUUAGAUGUCCAUGAGUCGGAACCUUUCAGCUUUAGCCAAGGCCCUUUGAAGGAUGCACCAAAUCUCAUCUGUACACCCCAUGCUGCCUGGUACAGUGAGCAAGCCUCGAUAGAGAUGCGAGAAGAAGCAGCGCGGGAGAUCAGGAGAGCAAUCACAGGUCGUAUUCCAGACAGUCUGAAAAACUGUGUCAACAAAGAACACUUGACCACAGCUACACACUGGGCGAGCAUGGAUCCAGGAGUUGUUCACCCGGAGCUCAAUGGCGCUGCUUACAGCAGGUACCCUCCUGGUGUUGUAAGUGUGGCUCCACCUGGCAUCCCAGCAGCUGUGGAAGGAAUUGUCCCUAACGCCAUGUCUUUAUCACAUGGGCUGCCUCCAGUAGCUCAUCCUCCCCAUGCUCCUUCUCCCGGCCAGACAGUGAAACCUGAAGCUGAUAGAGACCACCCCAGUGACCAAUUGUAGCCUACAAGAAUAUCAUUCCCAACAAGGUGGUCGCAACUUUGGAAAGUGCGUGGUAAAACAUUUGGACUUGGAACAGAUGCCGAACCACAACAAGCACCUGGAGACAGGUCAUUCAUGUUUUUAGGAACUGGUCCAAUAUGCAGUAUAAUAAUGAGAAAUGGUGGGAGAUGGAAAGAAGAUUUGAAAACUUUAUUCCUCCAUAUAAAAUGUAGUUUGUCCCUGUCCAGUGACCUGAAUCACGGUUUCUGUGUCCUGUGGGUUCUUUGUUAAGCCAGAGAAGUUAGUAGUUAAUUAUAUCAUGAAUGUACUUGUCUGUGUACAGUUUUUAGAACAUUAACCAAGGUUUGUUUGCUCGGCUGUCAACAACAAAAACAUAAGAGAGGCAUUUGACAAACCAGUUUUGAGAUUUGAAAACUUUUUUGUUUUUAUAUGUUUAACAAAUGCCCCAAAAUGAGGCAGUUGAUGAACUUCUCAGGACAAUGGUUCCCACCCACCUGCCCACCCAUUUUUCUUUCUCUGCCAUACAGUGCAUUGUUUUUUCUACCUUCUUGUCUUAUUUUUUAGAAUAAUUUAAUAAAAUACAAACACUUUCUCCUGAUUUUGGCAUAAAUUUCCCAUAUUUCAGAAUGAAGAUGUUUGAAAGAGAUUUUGAGGUGCAAAAAGUUUUUGUAUAAACAAGGGGUCAUGCUUUUUUGUCACCAGUUAAAGUAUAUAUUAUUGCUGGGAUGCAGAGAGAGAAAGAGAGAAAGAGAGAGAGAGAGAGAGACUGACUGAGAAAGGCACUAGGGCUACUGAAAAGUAAAAAAAAUUCAUUGCCUACAUGGAUUCCUUCCCAGUAAUGUAGUAGGCUAGCAAUAUUUUGGGUUAAAUCAUGUUUGUGACUGUAUCCAUUUGUAUGAAUUAUUUUAAAGAAAUAAAAAUUCCAAACAAACCACA